AUGGCGAUGGUAGCUGAAAUGGAAGAUAGGGUACAUCGCUUUGUGACGGGACUUGGGCCUCACUUGAUUAAGGAUUGUAUGACGGCCUCAUUACAGAGUAGUAUGGAUAUUGCUCGUAUUCAGGCGUACGCUCAAAAUUUGGAGGACCUUGAACACCGAAAGCGGACUGAGCAAGAACCAAGGAGGAGCAGUUAUAAGCGGGCCAGAUCCGCAGGUUAUUCAGGUGCUUAUCAGGAAGAUUAUAGGCCCCAUUCUUAUAGAAGAUCAGAUCCUUCAGCGGUUAGUGCACCUUCCAGAGGAGAAUCUAGCCAGGCAAGGCCUCCCUUGCCCCGUUGUGACCAGUGCGGUAAAGGCCACUCUGGCCAGUGCCGCCAAGGUAUGGGGGUGUGUUAUCACUGUGGACAGCCUGGUCAUGUUAUGGGAAACUAUCCAUCUCGUGGUAGAGGAGGCCCGGCUCAGCCAACAGGUUCGAUCGCAGGUUCUUCAUUUUCUGUUCGCCCUCCUGGACAAGGAUCUUCUCCAGCCCCAGUAGGUAGAGGUAGGGGAAGAGGUCAGGUGUCUGCUUCCGGCAGAAACCAAAAUCGUAUUUAUGCACUUGCAGGACGGCAGGAUCUUGAGUCGUCUCCAGAUGUUGUGACAGGCCAUAUUGUGUCCGAUGAAGGUAUUAAAGUUGAUGAUCGGAAGAUUGAAGCCGUUAAGAACUGGCCUCCACCAACAACCGCUUUGGAAGUCCGAAGUUUCUUGGGUCUUGCUGGAUAUUAUUGA